AUGGAGUUAGCGUUUGAGAUACCUUCGACAUGCUCAGGAGUCGUGACCAAUAGGUGCGAACUCAAGGUUGCCGAUCAUGUAUUUAAUAAUCUAGAUGAUGUACAUAAAGGUCUAUUUGUGAAAUCAUGCUUCCGGACACUAGUGCACAUUCCCAAUUUGAAAUUGGCGUCUCAAAUAAUCCACCACCUUCUUCAAAGGACCUUGAAAUCAUCCGAGACCGAAAAAGACGCCGUGUGGUUCAAAUUUGGAGAAAAAGAAGCUAGCUUCGGGUUACAAGAAUUUUCUCUUGUAAGCGGAUUCAAGAUUGUGCAUGAUGUGGCUUCGUACGAGGUCCCGGAAAGAAGUAGUUCGCUUUUGCAUUUAUUCAAAGGGAAGCGAGGGAAGCUAACAAAGAAAGACUUGCUCAAUAAAUUUGAUGAUUUGGUAAAGAAGGAGGAAGAUGCAGAUUUGAUAUACAAAUUGGGGCUUCUCACGGUUUGGGCAUUUGAGGCACUGCCUGAGGUUGGAAGAAAAUUUGCUGAAACUUGUGGUGGGGGUGCCAGACUUCCGAGAAUUUUGGCUUGGCAAAUGAAAAAACAGUGGCGAAGUGAGCAACUUAGUACGUUUUUCAACACGUCGGAGGAUGAAGUUAAAACUUCAUACUUGAAGGAAUUCCGUAUUGUCCCUGAAGAUGAGGAAGAAGAAGAAGAAGAAGAAGAAGAAGAAGAAGAAAAUGAGGAUGAGGAUGAUGAGGAAGACGAGGAAGACGAGGAAGAAGAAAAAAAUGAUGCAUCUCAGUUAGAUCCACCACAACCGCAAGUUUUUGGUGCUGAAAAGAUUUCAGCUAUAGUCAGGGAGGUUGUGAAGGAUGAGAUGAGAUUAUUUUCUGAGCAAAUGGAAAUGAAGAUGGACAAGUUUUCUGAGCGAAUGGACAUGAAGAUGGACAAGUUUUUUGAGCGAAUAAAAGAUUUAGUUUUUCAAUCAAAAGAUAGUCCAUCUACCCGUGCUACUUAUGACGGGACAAAUGUUGAUACGGAGACCGCUCGAACAGUAGAUGGUGUUGAAGACACGAUCAAUUCACCAUCUCCCAUUCCCGAGAAAGAAAAGGUGGGAGUUCAUGAUGAAGUGGGCUUGGAAAUGAGGGCAAAAGAAAAAGUUGUCUUGGUCGAAGACAAAUUUUCUGAGGAGGUUGUCUCACCAAAGAAGAAUGAACAUGGAUUCGAUACCGGUGUUGUGACCGACCUGUCAUCAAAGAUAUUCCAAGAACUACCUAUGGAGAUCGAGGAAACUGAUGAAGAUGAUGCACCCGAGUCUCCUAAGGGAAGAGGCCACCGGAAGAAAAGAAAGGCCACCGUCCUACUUACUCCGUGGAGGAAUCCCGGAAAAAGACAAAAAAUUCCAAAUGUCACGGAGUACGACCCUCAUAGGACACUGGAUGAAGCUAAACUUGAGUUAAGUACGCCGAAGGGAAAGUACCCCCUCAUGCAAAGGCGUGGACUAGAUGAACAUUGGGUAGCACUCGAUAUUGAUCUCUCCAAAAGAUGCAUUGACGUAUAUGAUAGUUCACCGAGUGUCAUGCGGAAGCGACAAUUUGAAACAGAAUUAGAGCCCAUUCGAGUUGUCGUACCUAUGCUAAUGAGGAUGUUGAAUGCUACCUAUAGUUCAAAAAAAAUUGAUUUGAAACGAUUACCAUGUCCUAGCCAAGCAAAUGGGUUUGACUGUGGGAUGUUUACAAUCAAAUUCAUCGAGUAUUUGCAUGCUGGGAAGGAUGUUAAAGGCGUAGAGCAAAAAAUGAUUCCCUCUUGGCGUAUCAAACUAGCAGCUGAAAUUUUUGCACAACAUUUUGAUCCUUAG